UCAAAACCUAAUACCAAUAGCAAUUAAUCACAAAAAUUAAAUUCGACCUUUAAUAUCAAGAACCGUCACAACACCAUCAUCAUCAUGACUAGUUCCAGCUCUAGCUCUGGCUCUCCUUGUGGUGCUUGUAAGUUCCUUAGGAGGAAAUGUGCAAAGGGAUGUGUGUUUGCUCCAUACUUUUGUCAUGAACAAGGAGCUUCACACUUUGCAGCCAUUCACAAGGUCUUUGGAGCUAGCAAUGCUUCUAAGUUGCUCUCUCAUCUUCCCAUUAGCGAUCGCUGUGAAGCCGCUAUUACAAUCUCUUAUGAAGCUCAAGCUAGGCUUCAAGAUCCCAUCUAUGGCUGUGUUUCUCAUAUCUUUGCUCUCCAACAACAGGUUGUGAAUUUACAAGCAGAACUUGAGAUUCUAAAGCAACAAGCAGCACAAAGCAUGAUUUUUGCUGAUUCACCAACAUCAGAAAACCCUAAUAGUUACUAUGGAGACACUACUAAGGCUCCUUAUCAUCAUGAUCAUCAAAAUAUUUAUCAUCAUCAUGAUCAGACCCAUUUGGUUUACCAAACUGGAAGUUCUGGGACGGUUCAACACGGGGAUGCCACAGAGAGUAGUUACCACAACGAAACCUCCUCAGGCAUGGGGGAAUUCUCCAUCUACUCUGACUUGGAACAACACCUGAACACUUUCAAUCAGGAUCAUCUCAAAGAGCUUCAAUCAGCAAAUUUUGGCUACAUCUCCUUCUCGUGAUAUGGUUCUAUCAAGAAUAUGGGUUGAUUCUUAUCUAUAUCCGAUCUAUAUAAUAUAUAGCUUAUAUAUAAUGUUUGAAGAUUUUUUGAUGGUUUUAGUUUCGAUUGAAAAUGUUCCGUAGCUCAAAGAACCGGAUUUGUAUUUAUAAAUAAAAGUAGUAGAUGCCCUAGAAAUAUAUAAAGAUAUAUAUUUACAUCCUCAAGAUGUUUUUUUUAGAGUAUAUUUCGAUUUU